GGGCUCGACUUCUUCCGCCCGGCCCAGUCCCCGCCGCCGCCGCCACCACCUCAGUGGCCGCAGUGGCCGCAAGGACCCGGACCUCAGGGAGGGCUCCGCACGGAGUCGGACUGUCCUGUGCGCCGCCUGAGUCCAGGCUUGCCCGCGCGCUGCCAGGCAACAACGCCCCCAGUCUCUCCGUUCGGGGAGACGCGUGGCCCUGCCGGACACUCACCGGAAAUGAGGGCAAAAGGCAACAGCGACUCUGGAAUUCUAUACAGGCAUUGCUGAGGACACCUAAGAUGACGCAAUCUCCGCGCGGGAUGGGCGGGGCUCCGCGAGGACCUCAUGCCUCAGAGCUCGCCUGAGGAGCGGAAGCCGUCAGUCGAGAAGCAGCUACCCAAGGUACCGUAGGUUCCGAUGAAACUGAGGACCAGAGAGGGAAAGUGACCUCAAAGUCACAGACUAGUUUUUUGGAGCUGGACAAGAAUCCAAGCCUGCAACUGCAGAGACCAGAGAUCUUUCUGCUAUCUAUACUCUUGGGAAGCACAUCCUAAGAUCUUUGCAAAUUAUCCGGUGGAAGGAAAAUGCCUAAAGUCAAAAGAAGCCGGAAAGCACCCCCAGAUGGCUGGGAGUUGAUUGAGCCAACGCUGGAUGAAUUAGAUCAAAAGAUGAGAGAAGCUGAAACAGAACCGCAUGAGGGAAAAAGGAAAGUGGAAUCUCUGUGGCCCAUCUUCAGGAUCCACCACCAGAAAACCCGCUACAUCUUUGACCUCUUUUACAAGCGGAAAGCCAUCAGCAGAGAACUCUAUGAAUAUUGUAUUAAAGAAGGCUAUGCAGACAAAAACCUGAUUGCAAAAUGGAAAAAGCAAGGGUAUGAGAACUUGUGCUGCCUGCGGUGCAUUCAGACAAGGGACACCAACUUCGGGACGAACUGCAUCUGCCGUGUGCCCAAAAGCAAGCUGGAAGUGGGCCGCAUCAUCGAGUGCACACACUGUGGCUGCCGUGGCUGCUCUGGCUGAUGCUAGCGCUCUCCACCCUGGACUCUGGACUUCGCAGGUUCCUGCCUGUGGCGCCACCCCCUUCCUGGGAGCAGCGAGCAGUGCCCCAGGCCCAAGUUGGAGCACGGGUCUCUACGGGGAAGGCUUUGCUGUCCAUCAGUUGUGAUUUGUAAAAAUAAAAUCUUUAAACCUCUCG